AUGAAAAUCGACUCUGCAGUCAUCAAGGCAUUGAGCCUCGACCCAGUCAGAACAACAGUUGCCAGACACGGAGGAUCCGGGUUUUCGACCACUGCGAAGAUUACCACGACGCUGGAAGAUGGCACUGAAAAGCACUUCUUCAUGAAGACGGGCAAAGGCAAAGACGCCGAAGUCAUGUUUGCAGGUGAACACGCCUCGCUUAAUGCGAUUCACAUGGUGCCAUCACUAUGCCCUGCCAGCUUCGCACACGGGCCCCUUGAGGACGCUGUAGGGGGUGCAUUCUUGGUCACGGAUUUUCUGGAUAUGAGUGGAACGUCGUUGGGGAGCGAAAAGGGGUCUGGGAUGUCAUUGGCGGCGAAGUUGGCGAAGCUGCACACCACGGCUGCUCCGAUUCCAGAAGGCUUUCAGAAACCUGUCUUUGGCUUUCCGGUGCCGACCUGCUGCGGCGACACAGAACAGCCCAACGACUACACAGAGUCCUGGGCCGAUUUCUACGCCCAACAUCGUCUCCUGGCAAUUCUGAAGAAAAGCGAACGCACGAACGGGAAGGACCCUACCCUUCGCUCUCUGGUAGAAAAGACGGUCGCAGAGACCGUGCCGAGACUCAUAGGAGACAAACACCUAAACAGUGGGAAGGGAAUCAACCCUGUCGUGGUUCACGGCGAUUUGUGGAGCGGGAAUAAGGGAAGAGGAAGAAUAGGUGGCAAAGGGGCUGUCGAAGACGUCGUUUUUGAUCCGAGUGCUUGCUAUGCCCAUAGCGAGUAUGAGUUGGGGAUAAUGAGGAUGUUCGGGGGGUUUGGGGGAAGCUUUCUGCAGGAGUAUCAUCAAAUUUGUCCUAAGACGGAGCCGGUGGACGAGUAUGAGGAUCGGGUCAAUUUAUACGAACUGUAUCAUCACCUGAAUCAUCAUGCGAUUUUCGGCGGGGGCUACAAGUCUGGGGCUGUUUCGAUUAUGAGGGCUUUGCAUCGGAAAUACAGUGGGAAGAGUGAGAUCUGA